GGGCGGUUGUGGUUCGCGUCCCAUGUCACUUGUGCGACUUGCGACUGUGCGACUUUGCGCCUCUUGCGCUCAUAUCUUUUGUCUCUUUGAAUAGACCUAAGCGCGCAGGCACGCUGCCCUAAUAGAGCCCGACUAAUGGCCGCCUCCCUGGAGCCCGCGCGCAUUCGCAUCGACAGCGUCAAGAGCGACCUCGGAGCAACGACGUCAUGUACAGACACGACGGUCAACACACUGCGCGACCUGCUGAGCCGGCGGCAGGAUGAGCCGGUGCAGAAGGAGAAUGUGGGCGUGAAGGUGCCCGGCGCGCUGAGGCGCAAGGCCGACGCGGCGAAGGCUGCAGCGGGCAGGGAUGCGCCCAAGGCAGAGCCAGCGGCGCUGCUGCCGCGAGAAAAGUACAUUCUGGCCACCGAGGCUGCCAAUCUGGCCCUGAAGACGCUCGCCGACGCCCUGAAGACCCACGGGUUCGCCCCGCCCGCGCGAGCCCCGAAGCCCGCCCCCAGCGACCCCGCGACGCGCAAGGCUGCCCGCCCGCCGGCCACCCAGAAAGCCCUGAAGGAGCGCUCCGUCCCGCAGGCCACCAACGCUCAGCGGAAUCCGACAUCCGCACGCCCUUCGUCCGCGGCCUCAUCCACAUCAGGGCCCGACGCCGGCGUGGUCGCCACGGCAGAGUGCGCGAGGGCGGCAUUCGCAUACCUAGGCACCGCGGAAGCCAAGAAGGUCGUGGGAAAGGAUGGGCAGGAGCUGCAGCUGGAGAGUGGCGUCCUGGCGCUCAUCGGCAAGCUGGUGGCGCUGGGGCUGGACAGCCUGGCCGUCAAGGAGAUCCGUCUGGUGAAGCGGAGGCUGGACGUCUUCCUGGGCCAUGUCGAGGCCAAGGAUGCCACUGCAGCCGUCAAGAAGCCGGGUGUGCAGUCGAGUGUGGCUGCAGAGAAGGAGAGCCUCGCGUCGCUGCUGCACUUUGGGCCCAUCGACCCGUCCAGCCCCGCGCUGCCCAUCGUCGCAAACCUCCAAACCUACACAUUGCGCGUCAUCGCGAGAUUAAAGAAGGCACCUGUCAUCGAAGCCUCGUGGGUCCACCUGCAGCUGGCGAACAAUUCGUCCCCCGCCAAUCUCCUCCAACAACUCGCGAGCACACCGGCCGGCGCGUCGAAAGCCGCCCGCCAGCUCGAGUCCCUCGCACAGACGAUCCUCUCGCUAUGCCCCAGCAUCUCGUCCCUCGAGGAUGGAGUGCCGGCCCAGCCAUCGCCCGAGAUCGUUCUCCGCCUACAACACCUCGCCUUCACAAUACGGAGAAAGUGGUGGCAUCUGGCUCAGCAUAAGAGCAACGAAGAACGCGAGCUUGUGGAGCCUUUUGCAAAGUGUGUGGCUGCCUUUGCUCGGCGCUCGAAGCUGUCGCUCGUGGACAAUUAUGCCCUGGCAAAGUCACUGAGCACAGAACUCCUGGGCCAGCAGAUUCUGACACCUGGCGCCUCCGCCCCUUCCGCACUCAUCACCAAGACGCUCUGCACUCUGGCGCAAGCCGCGGGGCUGUCUGACGAAGCGUUGCGCUACCUGAGUGCUCCUGAUGCAAGUGCUUCAUCGACAAGCUCUGCAGCAAAACAGGCAUGUCGACUGGUCCGCAUAGCAACCGUCUCGCUAGAGGCUGCGAACAAAGGGGAAGACAGGCCUGGCCUCGAGGAAGCCAUAACCAUCGCCCUGAAGGCCUUGCAAGGAAGCUUGGGCGGAUCGUCUACCGAUCUCGACUCCCUCUUCAUGGAGGCCAACGCGCUGAGACGCGCUGCAACGAGAUCGCUCGCCGCAGGUUUGACCACUCGAUCCCUCAGUUCAGAAGAUAUCGCGGUCCAGGCUCGCGCCAUCUCCAUGGUUGCUGCAAGCGUGCACUUCUCCGCAAGGUUCAUCGGACGCAGAAGCAUGGCAGAGCCCGAGUCGGAUCCUCAGCGGCGGCACCAAGACCGUAUCAACAUGGCGUGGAAAUGCACGAAGAGUAUUGUUGAAUCUGUGCUCACAUGCUGCAAGCGGUCGACCAGCAGCCCAGAACUCUGGUCUGAAUUGGACGUAAUUCUUCAGGACUGCUGUUACUUACUUCGGAGGAUUGGCGAAGAGUAUGAGAACGACGUGGUGACCGGUCCACAGGCUGGAGAAGUGGCCGCAUCGUGCCUCGUCAAACUCUCCAACGCGUACUGGAACACAUAUCUGCAACUACGGAAGGCUGCCGCUAUUGACCCAGAACUUCUAUUGGUGGCUAUGCGGCGUUCGAUUGACUUGGUAGCAGAGGGCUCGGAAGCUCAACAAGAGGCAGGCCACCUGGCCAUGAAACUUGAGCGGCUCGGCGAAGCGUUGGAUAGUGCCCAGAAGGCUGGUGAUUCUCGCAAGGCUUUUGGUCGAUGCAUUGGAUAUCACAUCUACUCCAGCGACCAAACGCUCGCGGAGAGCGUCGCGCUGCACUCUCUCCAGACAGUAUUCGAAGGGGACGGGACCUUCAGCACCCUAGGCAGACUACUCAAGGCUCUUCACCGUUCGUAUCUCACUCAUGGCGUUAAGCGUGCCAGCGAGUCUGCGUACUACGAUGAUGCAUACUUGCAGCCGGACAUCCGAGGGGCAAUCCUGGAGUGGCAACUAUAUUUGUUCUCCAAGACACUUUCCAAACAUCGACAAUGGGACGCGAAUCUCAAUCACUCCAUCAGGGCGCUGGCAGAUAAAGUUCUCGGGAGCUACAGCUUUGAACGCUUCCCUGUACGCCGCCUUAGGGCCAUGAUUAUUCUUCUGCAGCUCUCGCAAGACCAUCCACAGGUCAUUUCGCACGACCUCUUACCACACGACAGCUCACUGGAUAACAUCGCUGCGAUGGAUCUUGCAGAUGAUGAGGGCCUGUCCAAACUCAAGGAUCACCUAGGCGCACUCUACGGCUUCAAGAUGGCGAUGCAGCAGGCCAUACCUCCACCCGAGACUUUGCGACAAUGUUUUGCAACUUGGGAGUUCCUUGCCAAAUCUGCUUCUAGUUGGACUGCCUUGAUCGAGCGCAUUGGGGACGUCGAUAGCUGGAUACAAGACAUCAGAGCGUGUGUCGAUUGGCUCAAUGCCAAAGGCGAAGAAUAUCUUGCCCUGCCUGUGCUGCAUCUUUUGGUGACAGUGUUCGAGCUGCAGAACAACAAGGAUUCCUCAGACCUUGUUUGCAGCCUUGCAGCGCUCGCCUCCCAAUUUCUCCGUCUUGGAUACACUGGCAAAGCCGGCCUAUCGCUGGCAAAGGCCGAGAUCCUCAUCAACCGACAGACAGUGUCGACAGAAUCCAAGUUGAGAUGGCAUACAGCGUAUGCGGAAUACCUGUUCCGCAUUGGCAACACUGACAAGUGUGCAUCCAUCCUAUCUGCGGCCGAAUCUAUUGCGCGCGAUGAUGCUCUGUUCCUGGAGUUGUCACAGUCCUCAGCUACGGUAUCACAGCGAGUGCGGUACAACAGCAUCUUGGCUGAUGCCUGUUACGUCUACUCCCUCCUUGCUGCUUCGAAAGGUUCUCACAAAGAGGCUGCAAGAUAUGCUAAACAAUGCGUCACGCUCAACCGUCGUAUGUGGGCGGCACUCGAGUCCAAAGUUAAUGCACAGAAAGCAGCAUUUGCUGAGAGUGAAGCAUCAACAGCAGAUGCUAGCAAAUCAGGGAUCGAUCCGUUAACAACCAUGCGCGAUGACAAGGGAGUGCCUGUCGUCUCGUCCAACACUCAUGACGCCCUGGCAGGUGCAGACUUCUGGUUCAUGGUUCCUUCACUAUACCGUGGGCUAAUGCAGCACUCACAAGUCUUCGCAAACCAAGGUCUGCUGCACGAGGCGAUUUAUGUUGCCGAGCAGGCGGAGAAAGUUGCGCGGGCUACACGCUCGCCGUCUCUGAUGACCGACAAUGCAAGCUGGCAAGCGGCAUGCUGGGCGCAAAGUGGUCGGCCUGAUAAAGCUGGGCCACUGCUGCAGGCCCUGGGUGAGCCCUCAGACCGCAAGUGUUUAUCUGUUGCAGCAUACUACUCAGCUGUGGCAAGAGUGCAUCAUCACACUGGCGACUUCGAGGAAGAGAUUGCCUCCUACCAGGUGUUGGAGCAGCUUCUCAAUGAUCUUUCUAGCCCGGCAUACAUCACAUCCUUGGGCGCCAUACAUCCGGACCUCGACUCGCUUGCUUCGCAAAUUGCUGGUAUGAGCCUUGAAAGCUCCGCGGCCAAAACUACCAAGGUACCAGCACCUUCCAAAGCCCAGAGACCUGCAGCAAAGCCUGUCUCAAGACCGACCUCCCGCGCAGGUGCAAGGUCUGCUACCGGAACCCGUUCGCGGGCAGGUGCGUCAAGUGCAGCAAGUGCAACGAGCACCACCAAACCUGCUCCCAAAGGCCGACCAAAGAGUAUGAUCGCUGCCCCGAGCUCGGAAACUGUUAGCACUGCGGAUCAAUGCACGACCCUGCGUGCUUUCCAAGCUGAAGUACUCCAUCGAGGCGUGCUUGCGAACUUGCUCCAAGACAAUCUCAAAGCGGCGACCACUCUCAUCGGCAGAGUGCAAGAUCUCCAGGUUGGUGCUGACCGAGACAUCCAGCACACUUGGGCAAAGUUCAAGUUGAUGCUCGCAGAGAGCGCGCAGCAGAUCGCAGCGGAUUUUGCAUUCAACACACUCCCGGAAUCCACCAUCGCGUUUCCUGCUAUUGGUUCCAAAGAUCGGAGAAUCUCUGAAGGACUACCUUUGAUCAAGGCUACGCCCGUUGUGCCUCCCAAAGCGAAAGGCGGACGUGGCAAGAAGGUAGCAGCUGUCGCGAAGAUCAAUUUCACGGACACGCUACGCCAAGCACGAGAGCAUCUGCUCGAGGUACAUGCUUUGUCCGCUACGCACGGCUCAAAUCACUUGUUCCAACAGGUCUCGAGUGCGCUUGGGCAUAUUACAGUCCUGCUCUCAGCUGUAUCCGAAGCACGCGGUUCUGUACACCCGUUGUACGCUGCGUACACCAGUGAAAUCCCCAAAUGCAACGCCAUGAGGCUUGCACAGGAGUUCGUCGAGUCGGAGAAGGAGCUAAUGUCGCGCGAAGAGUGCUUACGCUGGCCGCUGCUGGAAGCCUCCAGUUUCAGCCUGACUUCCGCGUCUGACUUCCAGCACGAGUAUAUUGACAUCAUCCCGGAGUCUUGGACCGCGAUAUCCCUUGGGCUCAACGAGACCCAGGAUGAACUGUAUGUCACACGCUUCGAGGCUGGUGUGGCGCCUUUCGUUCUUCGCUUGCCGCUUGCACGCCACGCCUCUCGCGAUCUAGACGAGGACGAAUUCACGUUUGAGGACGGAAAGCGAGAUUUGGAGGAAAUCAUCGAGCUGAGCGAUUUCAGCACGCGCGGUGCAAAAGACAUGACAUCGAGAGAAGCACGCCAGCAGUGGUGGGAUGAGCGCGAAGCCCUUGACACACGUCUCCACGAGCUCCUUGUGAAUAUGGAAAACAUCUGGCUUGGCGGGUUCAAGGGCGUCUUCUCUCAGCACCCUAGGCAGCCGACACUCCUUGCCAAGUUCCGAAAGGCCUUUGAGGAUGUGCUGGAUCGACACCUGCCAUCCCGCAGCAUGAAGGCGCAGCCGAAGCGGGUCGUUUUGGAUAGCCGAGUUCUAGAGCUGUUCAUCGGGCUUGGAGAUAUUGCAGGCGAGGAGCUCGAUGUCGACGAAGAGCUCACAGACCUGAUCUACUUCGUCGUCGACAUCCUCCAAUUCAACGGCGAAGCCAACCCCAUCGACGAGAUCGACUUUGACGCCAUGGUCAUCGCCACCCAGGACGCCCUGCGCGCCUACCACAGCGCUGCCCACAGCACACCCCCAUCCACCCCUCACACCAUCCUCAUGCUCGACAACGCCCUGCACGGCUUCCCCUGGGAGUCCCUGCCCUGCCUGCAGUCCCUCUCCAUCACCCGCCUCCCCUCCCUCGCAGCCCUGCGCUCGCGCCUGCUUUCCCUGCGCUCCUCCUCCAACCCCGACGCCGCCCCAGGCCACUACAUCCCUUGUGGUGGCACCGCCAUCCUCAACCCCGGCAACGACCUCCCCAACACCGCCAAAACUCUAGCCCCCGUCCUUUCCGCCCUCACAGGCCCCUGGGAACACAUCCACGGCCGCCCGCCCACGGAGUCCGAGUUCACAAACGCCCUCGGCACGCAGCCGUUGCUGCUCUACUUCGGCCACGGCAGCGGCGCGCAGUUCGUGCGGCAGAAAGCCGUGCGCCGGCUCUACACCCCCGAAGCACCACCCCCCGAUACACAUCCCGACACACUCCCCGACGCACAGCCCACGACCAACCCGCCCUGCGCCACAACCCUCCUCUUCGGCUGCUCCUCCGCCCACCUCUCGCCCAACGGCGUCUUCGAGCCCUCGGGCAUGCUGGCCUCGUACCUCGUCGCCGGCGCGCCCGCCGUGCUCGGCAUGCUGUGGGACGUCACGGACAAAGACUGCGACCGCCUGGCGGUGCGCGUCGGCGAGGUGUGGGGGCUGUGGGGCGAGAGCGUGGCUGCGGCGGAUGCGGCGGUGGAGGUGGGGAAGGCGAGGGGCAAGACGCCGCGCAAGGGCGCGAAGAAGAAGGGCAAGGGCAAGGAGGUCGAGGCCGAGGCGAGGGGGGCGUGUAGGAGGGGUGUGGGGCUCGGUGAGGCGGUAAGGGAGGCUAGGGGCGCGUGUUAUUUGAGGUAUUUGAAUGGGGCUGCUGCGGUGGUUUAUGGGAUUCCUUGUUAUUUGGAGUAGGCACGUUGAGGACAGUGGCAGAUCGGCUCCGGAUUCAUUUGUGUAACGUCUCUUGAAAGUAGAGGACUGCAAGGCUAUCUACACAGGCUACGUUUGGCAACUGUGUGGCAGUUUUCAGGCACGCUGUUGCAAUGCAAGAUUUACAUUCAGUGUCCUUCGAGUGAGUCUGGUGAGAGGGAUGUGGUGACCGCAGGACGCGUAUGAGCCGGGCAGAACAACUCCAUCCUGACUCAUCUACCAGCCCAAAAACAGUACACACCCACCUCCAGCAGCUCCCCCUGCCUACUAGGUACUACAGCUUCGCAUACACCGUCGGACACGGCCCACUCUCCGCGACCCCCCACUGCCCCAACAGCGCCUCCGCCCGCUCCCCCUGCCACCUCAGCAACCCCGCCGCCUCCACCGCGCGCCCAUUCUCCCGGCGCCCCAACUGCUCCAAAUGCACCUCAUCGG